GUAUCCUCUUCCUCCCACCUCGUCUUCAAUCCAUUGUCCCCUCUCUCGCCUCCUAAGCGCUAGCACCUCGAUCGGAAUUAAUUCCAUUUUUUGGGGAAUUUUAGUGGAAUUAAUUCCAUUUCCGUGGGGGAAAAUGUCGUCGUCUCUUUGUAGCUCCCUAUCCCUAUCGUCUCCAUCCAUUAACCCUAAAUCCCCAAUUCGCUUUCGCUCCAAAUCGAUGCUUAGCACAAUCCGAUGCGCCGUUGGAGAAGUUAUCGCUGAACCAAAAGCUGUUAGUGUAGCAGAGCCGCUCCUUCUAAAUGCUGUUCGCGGGGAAAAGGUUGAAAGACCGCCGGUUUGGCUAAUGAGGCAAGCCGGGAGGUACAUGAAGAGCUAUCAAUUAAUCUGUGAGAAAUAUCCUUCUUUCCGUGAAAGAUCAGAAAAUGUUGAUCUUGUAGUUGAGAUCUCUCUGCAACCUUGGAAGGUUUUCAAGCCUGAUGGGGUUAUCUUAUUCUCGGACAUUCUUACCCCUCUUCCUGGGAUGAAUAUUCCUUUUGACAUAGUGAAAGGAAAAGGCCCAGUAAUAUACAAUCCCUUGAGAACAGCUGAGGAUGUAGAUCAAGUGACAGAAUUUGUUCCUGAGGAGUCAGUUCCAUAUGUUGGAGAGGCCUUGACUAUCUUGAGGGAAGAGGUGAAAAAUGAUGCUGCUGUGCUAGGCUUUGUCGGGGCCCCAUUCACCUUGGCUUCUUAUGUGGUCGAAGGUGGUUCAUCUAAGCACUUCUCAAAGAUAAAAAAAUUGGCUUUCUCUGAUCCAAAGGUUCUACAUGCUCUAUUGCAGAAAUUCACGACCUCUAUGGCUAAGUAUAUUAAAUACCAAGCAGAUAAUGGGGCACAAGCAGUCCAGAUCUUCGAUUCAUGGGCAACCGAGCUCAGUCCUGUGGAUUUUGAGGAAUUUAGCCUGCCUUAUUUGAAACAGAUUGUGGAUACCGUUAAGGCGACACACCCAAACUUGCCUUUGAUACUCUACGCCAGCGGAUCAGGAGGCUUAUUAGAACGACUUAGCUUGACAAGUGUAGACGUUGUUAGCUUGGAUUGGACAGUUGAUAUGGCCGAAGGCCGAAAACGAUUGGGGGCUGACAUAGCAGUCCAAGGGAAUGUUGAUCCGGGCGUCCUCUUUGGAUCGAAAGAGUUUAUAACUAACCGGAUUUUGGAUACAGUAAGGAAAGCCGGAAAUAGUAAGCAUAUAUUGAACCUUGGGCAUGGCAUCGUAGUCGGAACACCGGAAGAAAAUGUAGCACACUUCUUCGAAGUUGCUAAGGGGAUCCGAUAUUGAAGAUCUGCUCACUUUGUUGACUGAUUACAUAGUUGCUUCAGAAUUUAUGAUUUUUUGCUUGAGCUUGUAGGUGCAAAGCCAAGAGCAUUAUCAGUUAGCUAAGAUGGAAAGUUUUUUGGGCAUUUCGGGCAUUAUGUAGUUUUAGUUCGUCUGAGAUGUAGUUAGCCACUUUGUUUUGUUGUCCGAAGAUCAUCGAAGAGUUGAAUAUUAAUCCAGAAGCAUUGUUAUAAAGAUGGCUCAGUUUUUCUUUGUAAGAUGUUCUUCGGUUAUGCCUGUACCAAUGUUUAACUUUGGUAACAGGGAGCCUGCUCAUGCACUCAUGCUUGCGGUCCAUCUCUUGCGUAUAUAUUGUGUUGUUGCGGUCCAUCACUUGCGUAUAUAUUGUGUUGUUUUGUUUCUCAAUGAGAACCCAUGAUAGCCAUUCGGCAAUGCCAGAGUU